UUAAAGAGUUAAAAAAGCUUUCAAUCAUCAAUUCAAUCUCAAAACACAAAAAAGUCAUCUCAACCAUCAUUCCAACAUAAACAAACAGAACCAAAAGAUCCACCGAAUCCAACCUUGUCUCAAAACACAAACAAAAAUUCAUCUAUCUCCUCGUAUAAUCCGAAUCUCAAGAUCUCUCUUUUCCUUUCAAUUUUCAAACUGGUUUUUUGUUCUCUAUCUUCUCCAAUGGAAACUGUGUUGGAUCAAGCUACUGUUAUUUGUUCUCACUGUGAUCGAGCUAUUCCUGUUGCAAAUGUUGACUUGCAUGAUGCUCAUUGUUCAAGGAACCUUCAAAAGUGCAAAGUUUGUGGUGAUAUGAUUCCUAAAAAGAAUGCUGAGGAUCACUAUUUAACAACUCAUGCACCAGUUUCUUGUUCAUUGUGCAGUGAGACAAUGGAUCGGGAUAUUAUAAAGAUCCAUGAAGGUGAAAAUUGCCCUAAAAGGAUUGUCACUUGUGACUUCUGUGAAUUCCCACUGCCAGCAGUUGAUCUAGCUGAGCAUCAGGAAGUAUGCGGGAAUCGAACAGAAAUGUGCCACCUUUGUAACAAAUAUGUUAGACUUCGUGAAAGAUACAUUCAUGAAGCUAGGUGCAAUGGCAUCGUUCAAGAUAGCGCUGUUGGCUCUUCAAGGAAUGUGAGGGAAGCUGAAAGAGACGAAGGUGUUCAACAACGAAGGCAGCGGCCACGGCCGCAGAAUGAGUUCUCGACUAAACGUCUUCUUUUCUCAAUAGCCAUCACUGGCAUUGCUGUUAUACUUGGAUCUUUUUACCUACAGAGAAAGGCAGAUCCAAGUGAGGUGCAUUAGCAACAACAGAGAUGAAACAUUUUAGCAUCUUCCAUAUCUGCUUUAUCUGUAUAAUCCAUUUCCAUGCUUCACAAAUCUUAUGAGAUAUACUUUAUUUUUUUCUGGUGUAUUAAUUAUAACACAUCGGCAUUGUCAUCAUUAUAUAGUUCUGCAUUUGAUGGAAAUAAAUUGAAAUACGUUUAUAGAUUUAUUAUAAGAGAAGUUGAUAGUA